AUGGCAACAUGGGCUGCUACUAUUGCACAUAAUAAUGAGGUUAUACAAUGCUUGUUUGGCUGUCAUGAGCCCUUUAAGGUUCUCUGUGAUGGAACUUUUGUGUAUCACUUCCGCCGAUACUGCCCUAUCCAAAACUCUAGGUACUACAGUCAAGAUCUUUACUACCAGAUACCAGGUGUUCCUGUAAUCAUUGGUCUUCGAAAUGCCCUAUUACUCGAACAGCCGUCUGCCUUUCAACACCAGUUUGCCAAGUCUGCUGAGAAGGAACGUUCGCAUAUGACUGAGUUGGAGUAUCAAAUGAUAAACAUGGGAACAAAGAAGCUGGUCACUGAGUAA